AAACACCACUGUAUGUGUUCAGAUGUGACUGUACUUCUGUUAUGUAGUCUAGCUCUUUGUUUGUUUUAGGAUAUGAAAGUUGUGUUUGCGUUGAAAACUUCUCUGAAUCACCAUGAGCGGAACACACAACAACCUGGCGGGUGAUACAGCGCAUGAUUUCAGACCGUGGCAAUGGCUUUUUCAUCGCCAGAAGAACUGUGGCAAUCUCGACGUUUUGUGAACACUUCGUCUCAUUAUGGCUUGCCGUCUGGCGUGGUACCAUCCUUGUAUUCGAACAUGAAAUGUGUGAACUCAUGGGACCCUCUGAAAACCUCCGACCACACCCACCAUAAAGCCAUAUUUAACUUUGACUUUUCUCCAGAUGGAAAACUGCUGGUCGCAGCCUGUGAAGGAGGAAGUGUGUUAUUCUUUGACCCUCUCAAUGCCAGUCUUAUCAAUCACAAGAACAAAGCACACUCUGACUGUGUUAAUUGUGUGAGGUUUUUAGACAGCCGACUAUUUGCAACAUGUUCAGACGACACCACUGUGGCCUUGUGGGAUGCUCGCUACCUGAAGAAUAAGGUGCGAACACUGACGGGACAUUUGAGCUGGGUGAAGAACAUUGAAUAUGCCAGUAACAUUGGACUUCUUGUUACCUCUGGUUUUGAUGGCUGUGUGUAUACAUGGAACAUUAAUAAGUAUCAGAAACGGAAACCAUCGUUUAAACAUGUCUUUCAUACGGCGGGCCUGAUGCGGUCUAAACUGACACCUGACAAUUCUCGCCUCAUCAUUUCAUUGUCACGAGGGUAUAUUAUCAUCAUCCAUGACUUAGAUCUGUUCUCGCUGAGCACGGAUCUCCAUGGCUUCAAGCCCCAACAUGUACAGACUAAUCCAGCUGAGCACAGAGAUGCCUAUACGCAUGAACACCUAGAGCACUACAAUCAUCAUUUCCACAGAUCUCGUAACAGGGUAGAGUUUAUCUCAGACUCUAAGGAUGUUGACGCAGAAGUGAUAUCUUCUCUGCAGAUUCAUCCGCAGGGCUGGUGCAUUCUAACCAGAAGUACAAGCAGCAAUGAGCAGACUGAGUUCACAUGUGUCCACGACAUUCAGAAACUAGAUCCAACCUCGAGGGAGGUUGGUGAUAAUGGACUUCAAAAAAAGAGGUUACGCACAUCAUCACAAUCUUCCGAGGGCCAGAGAUGGGCAAUAAGUCCCUGUCUGAGACCGGUUGGCUUCAAUGCUAGCUCUUCCCCUUGUGGCGGGGACGUUCAGGAUGCAGACUAUUCAGAUGAGCCUUCUUCCAACGUUAGUGGUGAGGAAGCUGUAUCAGAUACGCAGGAAACUGAAGAAGAUGAUGGUGAGGAAGAUGUAGAGGACAGUCCAGAGGGAAACUCUGGUAGGGUUCAGAUUGACAUGGCGAUAUUUGAAGAGCUUUUCAGGGCAAGCCCCUCUCAAAGACACCCAGAUCACCCUGACCAUGGUCAACGUGACCUAGCCACAAUCAGGAUACCCGCUUCAGAGGAGAAUCCUGAACGUCUCGUUCUUAACAGGAGUGUCCAGCCAGACAGCAAUUCUAGUGAACCAGCUUCCGGCACAUCGUCAGGACCGAGUACCUCCAAUCCGGACCCUUCUGGUCAAAGAACUGAUGCUGCAAGAGCAUUGGAGAGAGAGGCAGCCCAGGCUUUGGAGUAUCUGACAUUCAGGCUAACAGGAGGGACAAGGGAGGCCACUCGGAAACGGAAGCUAGACCAUGGACCACCAACGAAGAACAAAAGCCGCAUACAAGAGAAUCAGCCUCGUUUGAUCUGCUACGCGGAAGAACCAAACGUCGGGAGAGGUUUCAUUAAGGAACAGUGUUUCAGCACUGACGGACGACUGGUCUGCUCCCCCUUCGGCUGGGGGGUGAGAUUGCUGGCCUUCAACCCUUCCUGCGCUGAACUGUGUGACUGCGUGCCUGAAGCUCCUGUGAAAAUGUAUGAGGUUGCCUCAAAUAUGUGUCACAGUCAUGUUGUGGUGACGUCUAAAUUCUCACCUGUCCAUAGUCUUUUAGUAUCUGGGUGCCUUAAUGGUAAGGCAUCUUUUUGCCAACCUGUCCUUUAAUUUUGUAGCAAGGUCAUGUUUUGUGGCGAUUCAGUUUUGUGAGCUCAAGAUUCUUUUUGCUGUAUACAAUAUAAUGAAUUCUUGCCAGAGUUGAGGACACUCCUCUUGUAAUGCACGUACAUGUAGUUCAGGGCAUGAAUGUUUUCUCUUCUGGACAUAUUCCCCAGUCACCCUUAUCUGAUUGUUCCUUUCAUACACAUUUUGAAUUUCUUCAUUACGUAAAAUGUACAUAUGUCUUAAGAAUUUAGAUUAGGUUGCAUAUAUGAUCAUUAGAAUUAAUAUGUGUGACAUUUCCUGCAAGGUUUGUAGAAACGUGUACACCGUAUUUAGGAAAGCUCAUCAGUUACUUGCCAAAGGCUGAUGGUUUAUUUUGUAGGCAUUCCGGUUCCAUCCACGCAUGAAACUGUGAACCAUUGUAUAGUGAAAUAGUCUUGAAUACAGCGUUAAAUACCAGUGAAUCAAACAGUGAAUAGCUUUUGAUAUAAAUAGCAAGGAAAAUGGCGAAUAAAAAGUUGACAAAAUAAAGGAAAUUCACAGGAGCAUUAUUUCCAGGAGAGAAUAUGUCUAGAAGAGAAAAUAAGACCUUAGUCCGAUUGAAAUCGGAUCAUAUGCAAACGUGACCCCUGAGCACUUCCGAAGGCACUUCGGUUUCCUCCGCACAUGAAACUGGCUACCCUCGUAUUUAAGUGAAAGAUACCAGAGUGAGGCGUAAAACAAUGAAGUAAAUGAAUAUGUAAACGGCUGACAACAGUUAUUAUCUGUAUCAAUACAGGAGAUAUGGUUCUCAAACCAGUCAGAGGCCUGGUGAUGUUACGGUGACGCGCAUGUGUGACGUCACAUCUGUCAUCUAUCAGAAUUGGCCCAAAGAAUGAAUGAUUGUAUGGCUUAAAACCACGUCAGCAUUAUUUCAGUCAUAUCGCAUUAUCGCGGCGAAUGGCCAAAAGAUCUAUAUUGAUUCGUCAAUAGUGAUGUUUCACGAAGUUACUGAAAAUC